CAUGGCAUCCGAACCAAAGACCUACGUGUCUGGGGGACGCGUUCUCGCAAGUCCCCCCAUCACAGUCCGAAUCAUCCGCUUCGUCGAGAACAUCUACCUCUUCCUCGGAUUAUACAUCGUCAGCCUAUUCUCGCUGGACCCCUACACCGCAGCCCAAAACUCCCGAUUCAACGUUACUCAGUCAGGAAAGACUCCCAAUACUCGCGCUCGCUGGGGCAGUGGAGGUGGAGGUGGAGGCGGAUCCUGGGGACCGGGCGGCGGCGGCGGUGGUGGUGGUGGUGGACCGAGGAUCGGUCGGGUAGAUGAUAUUCGUGGGCCGGAGUGUAAGAGCUGUGGUUGAUCUGGGGGUGCUGUCUUUAAGGGGGCUUGGAAAACGAGAUAUGGUGGGAUUGAAGGGAUGGGAGUUUGAUAGGGCGCUCUUUAUUGAUUAUAUUAUGGAUUGGAACAAUGGAAUGGAGUUGUUGUGAUUGGAUUCUU